AGCGUCAGGCUUGGUUGCAGUUGUGUCGCCUCGCCUGAAGAUGUUAUCUGCGCUGGAGCUCCUGGAAGCUGUCGCUGCUCUCUUACCUUUGUUCGCUUGGUGUUAUAAAACGUCGUCACACCGAGAGCCUUAUCCUCCAGGACCGCCUCGCAAACCUGUACUUGGAAAUCUGCACCAACUACCCGAGAGUCAUCCAUGGCUUACAUGGGCUGAGUGGUCGAAAGUCUACGGCCCAAUACUAUACCUUCGUCUCUUCACCCGACAGCUCGUUAUCCUCAACACUGCGAAAUCUGCAUACGAUCUUCUUGAUGCACGAGCUGAGAUCUACUCCGCGCGACCAGAAGCACCCUUUAACGGCAACAUAUGCAACCGCAAACACGCCGUGUUCUCCAUAUCCGACAAGCAUCCUCGUUUCAAGGUUUAUCGAAGGCUGCUCGCCACGAAUCUCAACCCGCGUGCCAUUGUAGGCUACCGCGACGUGCAAGCAUCGGAAGCUCGUGCUCUCGUUCGUCGGCUUUUAGAAUCCCCCGACGCCUACGACGAGCAUAUCCGGAGGAACGCCGCGAGCGUAAUCUUGUACCUUGCCUACGGCUACUCCGUCCAAGACGGAAAUGAUGCAAUGCUGCAAUUAGUGCGUGAUGCAUCACUUUCCGUGGAGGAGGCUGUGAAACCUGGCCGAUGGAUGGUGGACUCGUUUCCGAUCUUGCAAUUCUUCCCCGAAUGGUUACCGGGCACCUCUUGGAAGCGUAUCGGGGCAAGUUUCCGAGCGACCUUUGACCGGUUUCGUGACAUUCCGUUCGCGUGGACGAAGGAGCAAAUAGCAAAAGGGACAUGUACCCCAUCAUUCACCUCGCGAUGCUUGCUUCGAGAGGAUGGACGAAGGUUGACAGCUGAAGAGGAGGACAUUGUCAAGUGGGUGGCCAAUGGCCUGUACGCAGGGGGGUCUGACACGACAGGAGCGGCUAUGGGAUCUUUCUUCCUGGUUAUGGCAAGGUAUCCCGACAUUCAAUCUCGGUGUCAGGCCGAAAUCGAUGCGGUCUGCGGCCACGAGCGACUCCCGACCCUUGACGACCGCGAUGCUCUGCCGUACGUUGUUGCGACCAUCAAGGAGAUUUUGAGAUGUUAUCCCGUCGCCAACAUGGGCAUAGCGCAUAGAUGUACGGAGGACGACGUGUACAAUGGGUUACAUAUACCAAGGAACUCAGUGGUCAUCGCGAACAUUUGGGCGCUGCUCCAUGAUGAGGCAACCUACCCAGAUCCUUACACUUUCAAUCCGGAGAGGUUCCUCGGACCAAAUCCCCAAUUGGACAGUCGCAAGUUUGCCUUCGGCUUCGGGCGGCGUGCUUGUCCCGGCUUGUACUUUGCAGAAGCUUCCCUUUUCGUCAACAUUACCCAUAUUCUCGCCGCGCUGAUCAUCAGACCUGGCUUGGACGAAUAUUCAGGGCAAGAUAUCACCCCAGAACCACGGCAUUCUUCCGGCGUUGUCAGUCACCCAGAACCAAUCAAGUGUCGAAUUACGCUGCGUUCAGUGGCUGCGAGGAGACUGUUCGACUAAUAUAAGUUCAGUUUCUUGCAUAUUGAUAUGUGGAUUGCUGUGGACGAUCCGGACAGUCUCGCACCUUCAUGUAUUGAACAAGCCCAUCGUGUAUCGAUAGAUAGAUGCAAUCACAUUCGCUCAUGCCGGCUAC